CGCGCCUCUCUCUCGCUCACGCGCUCGUCAGUUGUUCGCCGCGCGCUUCUGUGGAUGCAACACUGUCCAGACACAUCAAACAAACCCAAACAAUGACAUGAUCUGCAACAACACGACAGAGACACUCCAUUAUCUGACUCACUGAACCGAUCGCGCGCCUCCGUCUGCUCGCCGUUUGCCGCCUCAGUCCAGCUCUGUGCCCAGAGGCUAGUGAGGGACCAUGAUGCUCAGCAGCUCAGUGGACGUACCCAGCCCAGGCGGGAUGAGCGCGGUGGCAGCCCGCAAUGUGGUUCGCAGUUCCAGCAUCAGCGGCGCCAUGUACAGCCUGGAGAAGAGCCCCAGCAGCACGGGGCCCGACGCCACAGGCCUGGCCGGAAACAAGAAGCGUCGCUCCAGCCUGGGAGCCAAGAUGGUGGCCAUCGUGGGUCUGUCACAGUGGAGCAAGAGCACACUGCAGCUCAACCAGCAAGACGGUGGAACAAAGAAGCUGCGCAGCACCAUCCGGCGGAGCACAGAGACAGGCAUCGCAGUGGAGAUGAGGAACCGUGUCACACGACAGGGCAGUAAGGACUCAACAGAUGGCAGCACCAACAGCAACAGCUCUGAUGGGACCUUCAUCUUCCCCCCCACUCGCCUCGGCCCUGAGAGCCAGUUCAGUGACUUCCUGGACGGUCUUGGUCCCGCUCAGAUAGUGGGGCGGCAGACAUUAGCCACACCGCCGAUGGGUGAUGUUUACAUCGGUGUGGUGGAUAGAGGGGGUCAGUUAGAGGUCGAGAUCACACAGGCCCGAGGUCUGACCCCUAAACCAGGCUCAAAGAACAUUCCAGCAACAUAUGUAAAGGUUUAUGUCCUGGAGAAUGGAAUGUGUCUCGCUAAGAAGAAAACCAAAGUGGUGAAGAAAACCCUGGAUCCAACCUUCCAGCAGUCCCUGAUGUUUGACGAGAGCCCGCAGGGGAAAGUGCUGCAGGUGAUUGUGUGGGGCGAUUACGGCCGCAUGGACAGCAAGUGUUUCAUGGGAAUGGCUCAGAUCCUCCUGGAUGAUCUAGACCUGACAUCGAUGGUGGGCGGCUGGUACAAGCUCUUCCCCACAUCCUCUCUGGCGGACCCCAGCAUCGGCCCCCUGACACGCCGACUCUCCCAGUCCUCGCUCGAGAGCGCCACCAGCCCCUCGUGCACCUAGAAACAUCCCAAUCCCCUUCUAAAUAUGCCUGUCUUCUCUAUCUCUACGUGUGUAUCUUCGUUCAAUAUACCCCGUCACUGACCCCAAACACAUGAACACACACCCUGAUAGAUAGUCAACUCGCCCCGGGGCUGGAACGCUCCUCUUUACCAAUACAGAUAUUAAGAGAUGGAUACAAAUCAGGCAUGACACAUAACACACACACACACAUCCUAGCAGAUGGAUAUGGGUGUAACCAGCAACAUGCAGUCAUAGGGUUGUGAAAAAUCAGUCACGGCUAGUUACAUACAGAUCCAUUGUCUGCAGGUCAACCGAUAGGGGCAUUUAAUAAACCCGCCGAGAAAUAUUCCUGACAAUGUAGCAUUCGUGUUGACGUCACGUCACACAGGAAGCAGAGUGGGUUUUCCAAGACUAGUAGUUUCCAGUCAUUUCUCUAUGCCAAACCCGAUAAAAAGUUGUAUUUUUUAAAACCAAAGCAAUUCUUAUUAUCUGUAGUGUUAUAUUAUAGAGUAUGGAUAUGUAGCAGAGUCAGUGACUUAGAUGAAAUGCAAAAAACAAACACGUGUUAGAAAAACUCGUAAGGUGCGGUCAUGUUAGCGAAAUUUUGCCGGAAAAGGAAUCCAUUUUCAGUUGUCGAUAUUGUAGCGACGCAUUAAGUCACUGUCAUACCAAGAAACCUUUGGAAUGGCAAUUUUGUGUGACCAACACAAAGAUGAACGAAACAUGCGUCGUGACUUUUUCGCCCUUGCGUGAAAUGGAUUGCUUGAAAUGACUGGAAUUCGCCUGUAAAAUUUUGGUAAAUGUGAUCGUACCUCUAGACUACAUUCAUAAUUAAACUUAUAAAGGGCAGGGCUUUACUCCACGUUAGGUUAUUUAUUAGAAAUGCUCACAAUUCCUGUCGCAUUAAAGUAGCGUAUUCUUUGUUUUCCUUUUAGGAGAGCUGAAUAAAUAAAUAGAUAGAUCGAUGUUUAUGUAUUUAUCGACUGCAUUCUGCACGUUAACUCGCAACCCUUGUUGAGCAAAAUAUGUAAAGUGCUAUUUUAAGCUUGCCUUUAAAAUUACGUAGACUUAUAGAUGGUAGGUUAUUUAUUUUGCUAAUGUUUCAAUCGCACUUUUUGUCUGAACAACACCAUCUGCACCGAGUUGCAGACGUAGUCGAGGGAAUCGAGCCUUCUGAAGGAGAACCAACUGUCCUGUUAAACCAGCAACCCUCACACACAGCUGCAUUGUGGGAUAUGCCGAACGGUGUCCGCUGGAAAACAAGAAAACUUUUCUUGUAGCAAGUAGCGAAGCUUUCUGGGAAGUUGAAGCCGCAUUAGACUUUACCGCCUCAAGUUGUUUUGGGUUUCUUUCUACCAGCAUUUGGAACUGUUAAAGGCCUUUUCCCGUUUCCUGUUACUCUCAGGAGGUCACGCUGAACUACAAAACACACACACACGCAACAAGAUGAGGACUGGUGAUGGGGUCGCUCUCUCAACAGGAUCUUGAAGCCCAAAUCAGAUGGUAUUCUAUAAACUCCUGGACACUUUUUUUUUUGGUCUUUCUAACCAUUGUGACUAUUCCUGUCCAAUCAGCAGUCUUCUUUAGCUUCGUCUCUGAAGCUGAGUGGCUCUAGACGGUUUCUUCAGUUGAUCUUCGGUGUUAUGGAGACUUGUGGAAGGAAAGCAGCACUGUAGGUAAAAAAACUAAGUAUUCAUCUCACUCUUGUCAGCCUCCUAGAUUAGUUUUCAUAGCUUCUCUGAACCUAUCAGAGCCGGAGAAGGUAUCAUGCAUAUCAUAGUAUCUGUGUAUCAGUUUAUUCAUGUCAAAUCAGUCACAUCUUCUGCAGAGUUGAUGCCAUUUGUGACACUAUCAGUAAGAGCCAGAACAUUAUUCAUUUCUAAAUUCCCAUAUGGAUCAUUUGCCAAAUCAUUAAAGACGUUUGUAUAAUUCAGUCUGUUUAAACUCUCCUUGAUGGAAGCGCACAAACUCUGUUGUUUGAUUCUCUGUUUUGCAUCACGAUGUUGUAGAUAGAUCUGCUUUUAAAGGCGGAUUAUGAGACCGUCAGCAAACCAUUUCAUCUGAUUUAUCAUUUUGAAUGCAUCAGUGUUUGAAGAAUUUUUGUACUGUGUUUUGUACAUGCUUUUUUUCCUAUCUGCCAACGUCACAGCUACACUGGUCAAGUUGUACAGCACAAAAUGUCACCAUUUAUCUGGAUGUUCAUAAGAAAGUGUGCCUCACAUUCCAUACUUUCAAAAUCUCGUUUUUAUUAUCCUAGGCCAUAUCAUCAAUGCACUUUACAGUACAUGAACACAUUUCAAAGCAUUGGGUAAGAUGUAUAUACUAUAAAACACUUAAUUCUCGUAAUGAAUGGUGGGUUCAAAUAGAGAUUUGUCUUUAAAGAGAAACAUUUAGUCAUUACUUGUCCCUUUAUUUAUCUUUUC